AGCUCAGCUCUUCAGCAGGACCUUACCUGUUCCUCGGUCAAGCGCUGUACAAUCCACAGUCUCUGGUCAUCUCCUGUACUGUCUGCAGUCUCUUGGUCAUCCCCUGUACUGUCUGCAGUCUCUUGGUCAUCCCCUGUACUGUCUGCAGUCUCUUGGUCAUCUCCCCUGUACUGUCUGCAGUCUCUGGUCAUCUCUGUCUGUCUACUGUGUCCACAGUCUGUGGUCAUCUCUUGUACUGUGUCCGCAGUCUCUGGUCAUCCCCUGUACUUUCUGCAGUCUCUGGUCAUCUCCUCUACUAUGUAUGCAGUCUUUAGUCAUCUCCUGUACUGUGUCCGCAGUCUCUGGUCAUCUCCUGUACUGUGUCCGCAGUCUCUGGUCAUCUCUUGUACUGUGUCCGCAGUCUCUGGUCAUCUCCUGUACUAUGUCUGCAGUCCAUUGGUU